CGAAUUUCUGUUGACCGUUAGAAUUGACGGUUGACCUGACGGUGGUCAACUUAUAUUUGACUAUUGCUUAUGUGGCAUUUAGGUGUUGUCCACCUAGGUGCCAUGUAGGAAAUUAAUAUUUGAAAAAUAUUAAUUUAAUUUUCGGAAAAAAAUUAAUAUUAUUAAUUUAUUUUUAAAUAAAUAUUUUCUAAACAAUGGCCCUCUGUCUUCCUCCGCAAUCCUUACUGCCAGGGUUCAUUCCUCUCGUCGCCGACGCCGUCAUGCCACAUCUGCUUCUUCGGACGAUCCCAACUCCUCGAUGCGCCGUGCGAUUUGGCUUCUUCCUUGGGCUCUGGGCAGAGGCUGAGCGGCGACAACGUAACGACGCGCAGCCAAAUCGAAUCCCUUCUUCCCUCUUCUCCAAGGCGGCAAGGAAAACAACUGCUUCAUCCGCAUUCAAUGGAGACAACGACCUCCAUCUCUCGCCGCCUCCCAAUCACGGAAGUGAAUCCCCCAGCUCACCGCUCUAUUGUUCUUACGGCCGACACACUUCGACGGUGAUGACGCUGCAGCCGCGGGAGGAAUCUUCGUUCCAGAGAAGGAAUUUGCUUUCGGCUCUCCAAUCUCGCAUCCACAACCUAUCCUAGUGACUUCCUUGGCUUUCUCCACUGGUGGAUUUCCAGGAUCGGUGAUCCGAACCCGACGUCGACGAUGACGACGACCAUCACCAAACCAGCUAUCCGAACCCGGCGUCGAUGACAACGAUAACCAGAUCCCUGGAUCUGGAUCUAAAUCUCCCUCCGCCUCCCGAUUCCGCUUAACCUGUCUAAUCUGCCUGUUUUUGUAUUAUAGAUGAGGAUGAAUCCAGAUCUGUCGAUGAGAUUUGGAGAAGGAGAGCAGUGGGCGGAGGGAGGCGGCAGCGUUCCAUUUGCAGAUAAAGCAAGUCUCCGGCAGCGUUGAUACUCUUCUGUCAAUCUUGGGUGGAGAUGGGAUAAAUAUGGAGAGGAAUAAGGUUCUUUUGUUCUUCGAGAGUGACGAAGAGGCAGGGUGAAUAAUUUCCCUUUUCUAUUUUACUUUUAUCCUUUUCUUUAUCUUUUUCUUCUAAUUAAAUGCAAAAAUUAGAUAGGCGGGUUAUAAUUUCCACGUCAGCGUGACAGGUAGGCAAUGACUAGGCAUUGACUAGUCUCCCAGUUAAAUAUAACAGUCAAACUAACGGAAAAGACGAUUUGGUAUACAAAUGUCAUAUCAAUAGUUUUGUAAUAUAAAUGGCAAAGUCGCUAAAGGUUGGUAUUUUUAGUGGUAUUAGCCCUUUUUUUAUUAACCCAAAUCAGUUUUUAUUUUAACGAUUUUGGUUAAAAUGAAAUUGGACCCUAAACUUAGACUAACCGAAAGUAUUAUAAAGGGUGCAGCGACUCAUUAAAAGUGACUUAUUGGGUUUUUUAUUAAUUAAAAAAAAAACGAUAAGCCUCUUAACGAGUUAUGUUUUGAUUUUGGUAAAAUAAUCUAUAUCAAUUUUUUAUUUUAACGGUUUGGUUGGGGUGACUCCUAAGAAGACAAAAUCCUAACGGAUUUUUUUCCAAAUUGCUAUUAUUUUGUUAAAUAUAAUAAAAAUAAUAUAAGAUAUUAUCAAACUGCAUAUAUCUGAAUUGGAUCGUUUGUGUCUCAAACGACUUGCUCACUGAUCAUAGUGGACAAACUCGAUCUAUGUAGAUUGUUUGUUCCACAAGCGAUGCGACUAUUGAUUGCAUGAGUACAAAACCCAUUGUAGUUGAUCACUACAUACAAAAAUGAUAAAUGGAAAAUCGCAAGCUUUAUUAUGAUACCCAUGCAGUAAAUGAGUAGAACAACAAAGUAAUUACUGAAUUACAUCGCAGCCGAAGCAAUAAAAAAAAAAAACAACAAUAGAACCCAUCGAAUUAAAAAUAUCACAACCGGUUGGAUCAGCAAGGAGGCAUGUCGGACGGCGGCGGCAACAUUUUGUCGUUCGGCCCUUUCCCGUUCUUCACUAUGAAAGUCAUCCCCAUUCCCCACGAUGCAUGACGCUCCAAAUGGCAGUGCAUGAACCAAACACCUGCAUUCAUUUAUAAAAUGAUAAUAUAUACGUUUCAGAUUAUUCAAAUUCGUCGGAGGUAAUCGAAGUACAUUCCAACGGCGCGCGCGGUCAUAUCAUCUAGAGUAUACUAAACUGCAGCUAGAGUGUACAAAUUUUUAUCAUAUAUAGGUUAGAAUUUAUACUUAUGGAGUAUACGAUAGUAGCACAUAUACGAUCCUAGUGAUAUAUCUUUGCAUAGAUCAUUGCAUCCUAAACUCUUAAUAAUGGAUAACCCAACUCAAAAUUCAAUUUAAUUAGAAAACAAUAAUUGACCAUGCUGAUUUGUCGGAGCUCAUCGAAGUAUAUAUAUAUCUAACCGCCAAAUCACCCAAAGUAUACUAUACUCCUAGAGUAUACUCGUCUUUAGUCUCUUUACCAUAUAGGCCAUACUGCUAUACUCCUGGGAGUAUACGAUACUCUAAAUUCUCGUAGUGAGCGCAUCUCUAUCUAGCUAAUACAUGGAUUAAACCGCU